CUAUAUCCAGCCCUGGCGUGGAUCUGACAGGCACCUUCAUCAUCAUUGAUGGCAUGAUCGAUAUGAUGCACAUGGAGCAGAAGAUCGACGUCUUCUCCUUUGUGUCCAGAAUACAGAAUCAGUGCUCUCAGCUGAUCCAGACUUAUAUGCAGUCCUCCUUCAUCUACCAGGCCCUGCUGGAAUACUACCUCUACGGAGACACAGAGCUGGACAUAUGCUCUCUGGAGGGCCACCUGCCCAAGCUCCACAACACACUGGUGCCACUGGACCGGAUUUGGCUGGAGGAAGAGUUCAAGAAAUUGACCAAUGUGAGGAUAAUGAAGGAGAACAUGAGGGUGGGGAACCUUCAGGCAAACAUGAAGAAGAACUGAGUCCUCCAGAUCAUACAAAUGUUAGAACACUUCCCAUUCCUCUCAUAGUUAUUUUUUGGAAG